GAAAGCGAGAUUGACGUGUUUCAUCUUGAUGCUGAAGAUUUCGUGUUGGGGUUCUUGGGACCAGAAGCUUGCAGCUCCCCUGAUCAUGGGCUUUCACUCUUGCUGAUUAUAAAAUGCCCUUUCGUGCAGAGUUUGAGCUGAAAGCCAAAGAUUCACGUGCGCUAUGGACGAAAGCGAUAAAUGCGUUCCACACUAUCUCGGAUAGUUUCAAGAUUGUCAUUUUCCAGGGAACUGAAAGCGGAGUGGAUGCAUUGGGUAGAAAAUGUUUCUCUGAAAUUGAGUUCAUUACUAUGAACAAGACGAAAACCACUGUACUCAAUAUAUCUUUCAAAGAAUGCUUUUUCAAGAGGUUCAGCAUUACCGGGGAGAUUGCCACUGGCGAGAGUGAGAGAUACAGAGUAACGGGAAAUCAGUUUACACAUAACUACGCAAAAAGCUAUACUUUGAUCGUUAAUAGCCAGGAUAUGAAUAUAUUGUUCAAGGAUUGUGGAGACGAUGCGAUAAGCUGGAAAGUUUUCAUGUUGGCUGGAAAUGAAAUAUCUCACAUGGUAUACUCUCAUAAGUUGUUUGUGGAAUUCGAUACUAGAUCCGGGAUGAAGAAAAAGUAUUCUAUUGCAUUUCGUCCCGGAAUCAAUACGUCUGAUGACAGGAUCCAUUGUAUAUAUCUAAAAACGUUGGAAAAUCAGAAAAUGAGGGACGAGAUUUUAGAGGGGGCUGCUAACGGGAGUGGUGCAGCAGUUGGAGAGUUCGACGAUGCCAAUCUGUUUGAUGAGGAAGAAGAUGAGCGAAUUCAUCGGGUUGCUUUGAACACACUGAUUUUAAGAAGAUUCAUACAGUCAUUCCCUCCGACGCUUGAAGAUUUCCAGAUUGGAAUAGCUCCAAUUGAGGGAACGAUUUUUUUCAAGGGAUUCAAUCGACAGCAGAUUACAUCAAAGGUUGAGAGUAUGAGCAAUAGGCCGAUGACUUUGAGCAUUUGUAUGCGGUUGGACCAGAUAGUGUACAAUAACAUCAGAGAUCUUGGUUUGAGGGGAGAUGAAGAUAACAAUGAGAAAAGUGCAGAUGAGCAUCAUAUUUCAUUCAGGCUUAAAAACUUCAAAACCUUCAUACAGAUCAUAAGCGGAAACCUGAGUGUGUUCAAUGAUGAAGACACGAAUGGAAAGAGCCGAGCGAAGGCGGUGGAGUCCUUUGAAGAAGGAAUUACGCUUGGUGAUGACGACAACAUAUGCGACAUUAUGUUUUCGAAGCCUGGAUAUCCGAUCAUAUUUGAGAAAAGAUACUUCAUGAAUGGGGUGAGCGAAAUGCAGGAGUGCAGCUCUGUGACGUUGACCGAAGUCACAGAUGGAGAGUCAAGGAAGCUUGUGCUUGAAGCUGGGAGCACGAACGUUAACGACAAGCUAGCGAACUUUGCGUUACAGGCUGCUAACGGAUUCGUUGAUGAUCGGCUCCGAAGAGUAGCGACCACUACAGGAAGGGUGGAAGAUGGGUUACGGAACACAGAUGUUGGCGAGCCGUUGUUUGUUGCCGAUGAAGGGGGUGAUAUGGAAGAGUCCAACAUGGGUGGUGUCUCCACCAGUGUGGGCGACGGAGACAGACGCUCUGUUGGGGGGGGCAGUGAGGAUUUUGAGAGAAUCUUCUGGGACAACAGUAAGUUUCACCAGUCCCAUGUUGUAGAGAAGGCGCUUGGUACCGAACAGGAGCUCGAGCGGGAGCAUAGGGAAGAGGAAGACGAGAAAGAGGUUGGAGAAGAGUAUCUGGGCCCGACGCAGGACUUGCAGGUCAAAGGGAUCUUCGACUAGGAAAGCUGCUUUGCUAAGUACAGAGGAGGGGAAGAGCAAUUGGAUAGAAAAGUAACCCUUGCGGGUCUAAUUAGU